CCUCCUUUAAGACGUCGUUUGAAUGAUAGCCCCGCUGGCUCAUGAAAUGCUGGGUCCGCCUGCUUGACAACCAGAAGCCGAAUCCCCUCUGCGGUCUCCCCAGACAACGUCAUUCCCCACCAGCCCCCGCCAGCAGGUAGAUGGUUUGGGGAGAAUUCGGAUGCUCCACCCCCUGAUCGGAAAGAUGAUCUGCCGAUAAUCUUCAUGUUCCUCCAUCAUGGUAUGAUGGUCGGGUGCCAAUAGUCCGACAGUCCCGCGGGUGGGACGGACUUCAUGGCAUGGCUGGUCCACGGGUCUAUAUAAAUAAAUAAGCAGGCUGGUCGGUUUCAAAAGCCACCAGCGAGCAUUGGAAUUUAAUUGCCCAGGAUGCGGUCCUACUGGCUUCUCACGCCCGCCUUGCUGGUCUUCACUGUCUUGGCUAUACCCUACGAGGAAUAUAUUCUUGCUCCGGCCUCUCGCAAUCUUCUUCCUACCUCCGUAUACCAAGUUAACGGCUCCGUCACCAAUCCUGCUGCCCUGACAAGCUCGACCACAGGAAACACCACCUUUCAUGGCACAUCUUCUGUAACGUAUGAUUUUGGGCGGAACAUCGCAGGGAUUAUCUCUCUGGAUGUUGCCUCCGCGCCAGCAUCUGCAUUCAUUGGGGUCACAUUCACGGAAUCCCAUCUGUGGAUAAGCAAUGAAGCAUGUGAUGCUACUAGUGACGCAGGUCUUGACUCGCCGCUAUGGUUUCAUGUCGGCAGAGGUUCUGGACUCUAUACGGCAGGGAAGAAACAUACUCGUGGUGCGUUUAGAUACCUUACGGUCGUCAGCAACACCACAUCCACCGUCUCCAUCAAUAGUAUCCGAGUCUACUAUACCGCGGCUCCCACGCAGGACCUUCGCGCCUACAAGGGCUACUUUCAUAGCAAUGACGAGCUUAUCAACCGCAUAUGGUAUGCUGGUGCAUAUACUUUGCAACUCUGCAGCAUUGAUCCCUCGACGGGAGACUCGUUAGAGUGGCUCGGCAUCCUCGACUCAACCGAUAAUAUUACUCUCCCACGGACAGACUCGUGGUGGUUAAAUUACACUAUCACCAAUGGCAGCAGUACCCUGGUUGAUGGCGCCAAACGGGAUCGGCUCGUGUGGCCGGGAGAUAUGUCCAUCGCUCUGGAAAGCGUGGCUGUCAGCACUGCGGAUCUGGAUAGUAUCCGCACGGCCUUGGAAUCAUUAUUCGCACUGCAAAAAGCCAACGGUCGCUUGGCCUAUGCAGGAAAGCCUUUCUAUGAUAUUGUAAGCUUUACAUAUCACCUCCACAGCCUGAUCGGCGCGUCAUCACUCUUUCAGUACACUGGAGACCUUGCUUGGCUGUCGCGAUACUGGGAACAGUACAAGAGAGGUGUGCAGUGGGCGUUGACGAGUGUUGACGACACCGGGUUGGCCAAUAUUACAGCUAGUGCUGACUGGCUGCGUUCUGGAAUGGGUGCACAUAAUAUUGAGGCAAAUGCGAUUCUGUACUAUGUUCUCAAUGAUGCCAUCUCUCUCGCCCAAACCCUCGAUGACUUAUCCAGUACCAAGAACUGGAGCAAGACUGCGACAGGAAUCAAGACUGCUGCCAACAACCUUCUCUGGGAUGACCAGAGUGAUCUUUACACCGACAAUGAGACCACCACCCUGCACCCUCAAGAUGGCAAUGCCUGGGCACUCAAGGCGAAUCUUACCACUUCAUUCAACCAAAGUGAGGCCAUAUCGUCUGCACUCGCCUCCCGCUGGGGACCGUAUGGGGCACCCGCCCCAGAGGCUGGGAGCACAGUAUCCCCUUUCAUCGGCGGGUUCGAGCUGCAAGGGCAUUACCUCGCUGGCCAGCCCGAUAGAGCCCUUGACCUGAUGCGCCUGCAAUGGGGAUUCAUGCUCGAUGACCCGCGCAUGACCAGUUCAAGUUUCAUCGAGGGGUACUCAACUGACGGUUCGCUGGUAUACGCACCGUAUCGCAAUACGCCGCGAGUUUCGCACGCACAUGGAUGGUCGACAGGCCCGACAUCCGCUUUGACCUCUUAUGCAGCUGGGUUGCAUCUCAUCGGUCCGGCGGGAGUGACUUGGCUGUUCAAACCGCAGCCGGGUAAUUUGACCCAGGUGGAGGCCGGGUUCACAACUCCGCUGGGUUCCUUUGAGAUGGCUUUCCGUAGCUCGACAGAGGGCUUUUACCAACUGACAUUCACCACGCCCAAUGAUACCUCUGGAUCUGUGGAGAUUGGCGACGUGACUGGAGAACUAGUUUCCGAUAGGGGUGUGAGUGUGCAACUAGUCAAUGGCAGGGCAACCGGACUGCAGGGGGGGACUUGGCGAUUGACAAGCCCGUGAGGCCGGAUAUCACAAUUCUCUUAUGUAUGGGUAAAAUAUUCCUAUUGGAUGGCAUGUUUCUCCUGGUAGUAGCUUGGUUUGAGAGAAAGAUCAUAUGUCAACCAUCACCAAGCUACGGAAUUUGUGACAUUGUCUGCAAGAGCUUGAUUCUGCCGUGUUGAUUUGUCCCAAGUCUAGUCAGUACAAUAUCUC